AUGGGAAACACUCAAGGGAAACAGGUGUCUUGCAACGAUGCAGUCAACCUCAAUCAUUUCCGGCUCCUGCGCGUCGUUGGAAAGGGCGCAUUUGGAAAAGUACGGAUCGUCGAAAGAAAGGACACAGGACUUACAUUCGCCCUAAAAUAUAUUCGCAAAGAGGAAGUGGUCCGUUCGGAAAGCGUACGGAAUAUAAUUCGUGAACGGAGAAUGCUCGAGCACUUGAACCAUCCAUUCCUUUGCAAUUUGCGAUACAGUUUCCAGGACAUGGAGUACAUCUAUAUUGUGGUUGAUUUAAUGAACGGUGGCGAUCUUCGAUUCCAUAUAUCCCGAAAAUGCUUCACAGAGGAUGCGGUGCGGUUUUGGAUGGCGGAAUUGGGGUGUGCUCUGAGGUAUAUCCAUUCACAGGGUAUCAUUCAUCGAGAUUUAAAACCAGACAAUGUCCUGUUGGACUCCGAUGGACACGUUCAUUUGGCUGAUUUUAACGUGGCAUCAGAUUACCGACCGGGGAAGCCGCUUACAAGCAAGUCAGGAACACUAGCCUACCUUGCUCCAGAAGUCUACGAAGGAACUGGCUAUACUUUUGAGGUCGAUUGGUGGUCAUUAGGUGUCACUUUUUACGAGUGCAUUUACAAUAAGCGACCCUUUGAAGGACGAAGCCAAGAAACCCUGAGUGAAAAUAUCAAAAAGGCACAGCCGAAAUACUACGUCACCAAUCCUGCAGUAUCGGUAGCUUGUUUGCGGGCUUUGGGAGCAUUGAUGCAAAAAGAUCGGAGUCAAAGAAUCGGCGCUAUUGGUUUUGAAUCCUACACCUCGCACAUGUUCUUUGCCGAAAUCGACUUUGAAGCCCUGGAGCGCAAACAGAUCCCGCCAGUUUUCGUUCCGUCAAGUGAAAAAACCAACUUCGAUGCGACUUAUGAUCUAGAGGAGUUGCUUCUUGAAGAAGCGCCCUUGGAGGCCAGAGCGCGUAGGCAAAAACCGCGCGCUGAACUAAGGGAUGAUGCCACCGCCAAGGAAAUUCGAGAUGAUGAGCUUCAUCGUCUCAUUGAAACAAUGUUCGAACCAUUUGACUACACUCUGACCAGCUACCAAGGCAAUGCCGCGGAAGCGAUUGCUGCUGUAAUAAAUCCCGAGGAGUGCUUUCCAAUGGCCACAACAACCCAAGGGAACACCACCAUCCCAGCGAACCCAACUAUACAGACUGUACAUGCCCGUCAAUUCUCACAGCCUGACCCGUCUCAAAAUACAUCUCCCACCCAAGCCAACGGCUCACACUACCGUGGUCCACCAAGUGAAACCAUGACCACGCUCAGCGAGACCCUCGACCCAAAUGACCCCGCGACUGGUCACCCUCCACCUUCCCCUUCAAACCGCAUGUCACCUUCACCGCCGCCCGCCCCGUCCUUCCACCGACCCCUACCCCAACACAAUCGACACCGCGGUGCCACCCGGCAAAUGAGCAAAAGUGGAGGUGUACAAAUGGUCCUGAACGAAGCUGGCAGCUGGAGUGAGCUGGCCCAUAACUCUAUCCCCAUUGAUGGAAUGGACAAUAGUGACGACAAGGGCAAACAAGCCAAUGGCAUGCUAUCGUUCUUCAGUCGGAAGAAGGGCCGCGAUCGCAGUCCAAAGCCGACUGAGCCAGGUGUUCUUGGCAAAGAAGGAGCCAGACAGAUCAUUAGCUGA